GGGGCGCGGGCGCUUCUUGCGCUCACCGCGCUCGGGGAGGUGCGGGUGAUGGCUCCGCUCCUGGCGCCCAGCCGGGACCGUGCGGGCCGGGAGGCUGAGGACAGCUGUGAGGCGCGGGGCAACCGCAAGGCGCGGAAGCCCCUGGUGGAGAAGAAACGGCGCGCGCGGAUCAACGAGAGCCUGCAGGAGCUGCGGCUGCUGUUGGCGGGCGCCGAGGUGCAGGCCAAGCUGGAGAACGCCGAGGUGCUGGAGCUGACGGUGCGGCGCGUGCAGGGCGCGCUGCGGGGCCGGGCACGCGAGCGCGAACAGCUGCAAGCGGAAGCGAGCGAGCGCUUCGCCGCCGGCUACAUCCAGUGCAUGCACGAGGUGCAUACGUUCGUGUCCACAUGCCAGGCAAUCGACGCCACCGUCGCCGCCGAGCUUUUGAACCACCUGCUUGAGUCUAUGCCACUACGCGAGGGCAGCAGCUUCCGGGAUCUGUUGGGGGACGCCCUGUCCGGACCGCCGGGAGCCCAUGCGCGGAGCAACUGGCCAGUAGGAGGCGCCCUGGGGUCCCCGCUGCCCAGCCCCCGGGGCUCAGGGGACGACCAGUCCUCCGACCUCGAGGAGGCCCCCGAGACUGAACUGAGCCGGGCGCCUUCCGAGGGGCCGGACUUGGUGACCGCAGCCUUGGGCAGCCUGACUGCUGCCCGCAUAGCCCAGAGUAUCUGGAGGCCUUGGUGACCAACGCCAGCCUGGGGUCGCACUUCCCUUUGUUCCCUCCUCCCUGGCGUCCAGAUGUGGCGGGGUCUCCCAGUUCUCCCGCCCUCCUCCAGUGGAUGGUUUGCAGGGCAGUUCCAGAUAAUCAGGCCAGCAAGGCCCCUAGCCCUUCUUCUUAAGGAAGUAAUUUUUAUGGACAUCCCACCGCCCACAACUCCCUGGGAGGUGGAGGGAGCUCCAGGCAGGAGGAAGAAUCACGCAGGCCUACCAGGCUUUCUGGGGUUCACCUGUGCCACACUUCUCAGGCACUGUGUGGGUGUAGGGGCAGAGGUGACAGUGGUGCUGAGCCUCUUCUCCGUGCUGGGCACUAGUGUCAGGCAGAAGGACACCUCAGGCCCUGGCAGCCCUGGCCUGAGCAGAAGCGCCUACUUGCCCUUUGGCCAGGACUCAGGGGAGGCUUUCUGCAGCCUUGGCUGCAGAAGCAAGGCUCUCUGUAUGUCUUGCGGUUAACACACGAGUUUGUGUAUUAUGUUGCCGUCAGAUGUUCCAAUUCUGUUAAAUAAAGGAUUUUGGAGAGUUAGCCACCCUUCUGAAGUUUUGCCAAAUGCUGUGCAUAAGUACUAAAGCAAGCACAUUUUUUCCUGUAUGUAGUGCUGUGAGUGUUUUUUAAAACUUGCCACUCUUUGUCCGCAGAGUGAGUAGUGUCAUGGCAGUGGAGACGGGAUACCCCAUGGCACAUCUCACGGGGAACACUGGUUCCACCUCCCUAUUGCCAGGUGGCUCCACAUGGGUUUGCCCUUCAGAUCCUCGGGCCCAGCCUGCUCUCCCUAGGAAUUGUGUGCAUCCUGGAGAUGGAUACCCCUGGAUGGAGGUUGUCUCCCAAGUAAACAAGCAAUAGGGAAAUGGCCUGUCCCUGGACCAUUCUCUUGUUUGUGAGCUUCAGGAAAUAAAACUAAUGCCUGAUUGCUAGCCAUGUGGUUUGGAAGUUUCUUUCAAAA